AUGUUCUGCGUCCAUCGGAGACGUUCCGUUGUCGACCAACGGAACGGAAACGGGAUCGGGCCGAUAAUCCCAGCCAAUGGGAUGGGCAGCCGGAUCCCGCCGAACCACGAUCAACGAUCCCCGAAACACGAAAAGGAGAACCCCGGAUGUGGGCUCGGGCACUUCCCUGCUCAUGGCCGCCUGCCACAACCGCCUGCUCUCCCGCUCGCCUACCAUCGCCCCUUCAACCAGGCAGAGGAUGGCAACGGCGGGGACAGAACGACAACGGCGGGGGCAGGACGACAACGAGGGCAGGGUGGCAACGACGAUGACGACGACUACGGCGGGGGCAGGACGACGAUGGCGAUGACAGGGCAGGACGACAACAACAAGGACAGAGCGACGACGGCGACGACAGCAGGUGCAGGACGACGGCGGCGGCGGCAGCAGCGGGGCACGACGACGACGGCGGCGGCGGGUGCACCCUUCACCCCCGCCCUCACCCCUCGUUCAUUCUCCCCGUCCUCUGCCUCGCCCUCUCGCCCUCUGCCCCGCCCUCUCGCCCUUGUCCGCCCCUUGUCCGCCCCUCGUUCUCUCCCUCGCUCGCCCCUCGUCCGCCCCUCACCCCUCCCUCUCCCUCUGCCUUGCCCUUCCCUCUGCCCCGGCUUUCGCCCUCUGCCCUGCCUUUCGCCCUCUGCCCCGCUGUCUCGCCGACCUCGCUGUCUCACCUGCCUCGCCCUCACACCCACCUCGCCCUUUCGCCCUUUCGCCCUUUCGCCCUUUCGCUCACCUCUCUCGCCCACAUCGCCCUCUCGCUCUCUCGCCCACCUUGCGCUCCUCGCCCUUUCGCCCUCUUGCCCACCUUGCCCUGUUACCCGCCUUGCCCUUUCACCCUUUCACCCACUCACCCUCUUGCCCUCUCACCCGCCUCGUCCGCCUCUCGCCCAUUCGCCCGCCUCUCCCUCUCACCUUUCGCCGUCUCGUCCGCCUCGCCCGCACCCUUUUGCCCUCUGGCCGCCUGCACGAGCAUGA